AUGCCCGCUGAGCCGAUCCCCAUCGCUUCGCAGGAGAACUCGCAGCAGUUCCCGUCUCUCUCUACGUCUCACCCCAUCUUUGGCAGGUGGUCGGCGUUCUCGCCCAAGUCGCCCUCGCAGACGACUGGCAUGAGCGCCGGAUCGCCUCCCAACGGCUCGUUCCACGACGACGAUGACAUCGGCGACCUUCGCAGCCACACGUGGGCUCACGCGGCCGCCCAGCGCGGCCAGCGUCGCGCCGCCAGCAUGUCCAUGAGCGCUGGCUCGAGCCUGCUCGGCUCCCAGCUGGGCAGUGGCAGCGUCGGCUCGCCACCCUCUGGCGGUCCGCUCAGCGACAAGGUCGCCCUCGGCCAGGGCGUCCUCCGCCGCCUCAGCUUCAGCAACGGCUUCGGUGCCGGGGGAAGGGAAUGCUGA